GGGGACCUCUAGGAAGGGAGAAGAAAGCACCACCAUUGGCAUACGCAAAUAGAAGGAAAAGUGCCCAUAAGUGCAUUUUCUUCCCCAUUGCUUUCCCUAGAUAUCAUCUGGUCUUUCCACGCACCUAUUACAUCUCGCUAGCUACUCCAAAUUAGGCUCGACGCAGGCUUGCCCAGUCAUACCAAAAAAUCAGUCAACGAUAUCGACUCUGCCCUCUCCGUUCUUCGUGCUGCUUGCUUGUCUCUUGUCACACGGUUUCAAUUUGCCUUGACUUUUCGAACGUUGUUCCGAGUUCAAACUUCGGAGAAGCCGGCGGAGUGUGCGUUACAUUUCGUGUUUCUGAAGCUAUCAGAAUGUGCGCUUCCUCUGCCAUCCCCCUGACAUAAAUACUGCUCCCAAUGUCCCAUCUCGGGCCUCUUUUUGAUCCCAUACCACAAAGGAGUUUCGCUGCAUCUACAUACCUGCCAACGGAGCUUCCUUGAGAUUUAUUGAAGGUAAGAUAUAUAUCCUCAGAAACCUCGGACAAUUCGAACCUUGUUAGACGAUAUCCAAUAUGAUCGACAAUAUCCCAGCAGAGCUAUUGCUCAAUAUCUUGUCCUAUCUGGACAACCUAGAACCUAUCUCCGGCGCAAGCCACUCCCUUUCCCUUGCUACUCGAGACUUCAGAACCCACGCACUGCGUACCCGCUUAGCUAGCAUCAGUCAUGUCGAGAUUCUUAUGCGCAUAUGGUCACCUCCGACCUUCUUUAGAAGAAGGGGAGGAUAUCCAUACGGUUCUGGAGGCCAUAUCACUCGACCGCAAGAUCUUCAUGAUAUCCUCUGUGAUCCCGAUACGUUCAAUCGAGUGGAGGCAUACCUUGGAAGUUUAGAGAGGAGGGCUUGCGUUGCGGCUAGGAUAGCGGAGUAUGUUAUGACGAUCGUUUCGUUCAAUUCACUCCGAACGAACGCAGAGAGACAUUUCUACGCUAUGAGGAUAGUCCUCGAAUUGUGGUCUCCCCAAGCACGAUUCUCCCACGAUGUUGACGGGCGCUGGCUCAAUCUUGGCGACGAUUCCGGUCUGCUAGAUGUGCAUAUUCAAGACGCAUACGUCUUGAACCUACCGAGGGAUGUCCAAGCCGCAAUGGUCACUGUUUAUGAUGCUCUUGCACAGAGUCUGCGGCCUCCCUUCUGUUCCACAAGUAGACGAAGACAUGGAGGUAGAGCUUCGGAGGGGGAAGGAAUCUGGUUGUAUAGGUUGAUCGUCAAGGAGGGAAUGGAUGCUGUCCUUGGUAUGAUUGAGCUGCGGAGCGAUCGUUAGAAAGCAAAGCACCUCAGGGAGCGAUCAUAUGAGCAAACUGUAACCCUACUAGAUUGCAGAUGAUAUCCGAAGGAGAAACCGAUCAAACACUGCUACGAAAGGGACUGGGGUCGGGGGGGGAUUUGCAAUUUGAGAAUUUGGAUGAGGUUUUCCAGUUCUUUCUUUAUUUUCUGAUUUCUGAGCGACGCCAUGACCCCUUGACGGGUAUCUCCUUAAUUACCUAGAACUCCCCACUACAAUUUUUUUUUAAUUGCAUUCUAUACUCUGUUCAGACCGGAGUUUCCGUUUUACUGGGCUCCACGGGUGUCUAGCACACCCCUACACCCGAUUGGUUUCUCUCUUUACCGUUCCAAAUCCGAUUUGUCUGUUUUCACUACUUUGUAACCGGGUACGACCACGAUGAGAUCUAGAUUCCUUUUUUACGUUUCCCCCCCACAUUCUACAUUAAUUGUCCCAAGACGCAUGAGUGGAUCUCGUAUUACACCACUCUACCACUUCAUCUAUGCGAAAAUAUGUACUUUAAAUAAUAAAAACCUUUCCCUCCCGG